UCAAGGGGCGUGUCUUUCUAGGACCGCGUCAGUGAUGAAGCGAGCGCUCCGAGAACACGGAGUGAGGAUCAAUCUUUCUACUCUGUCAAUGCAAAGAAGGGCACAUUUAAAACCAUGGAAUACAGCUGGAGAGGAAUCCGCUUUCUCUGUUUCAUGUCGGUUUAUGGACCUGGCCUGUCUGCAGCUCAGCCUGACGUCCAGCAGGUGAAGGGGAUUGUGGGGGAAUCAUUAACUUUCCCUGUGGAAAUAGCAAACCUAACGACUGAAAUAGUCCAGUGGAGACAUGGCCCUGCAGGUCCAGACAUCCUUAUAGCAAAAAUUCUGGAUGGGAAGAUUGAGACUGAUAUUAAUGAGAGAUUUAAAUCACGACUGCAGUUGAACAUGAACACUGGCUCCCUGCAGAUUCAUCAUUUAAACACAGAAGACAGCGGGACCUACCAAGUGGAGACACUGAGAGACAAUUUUAACAAGAGAUUUUACCUGUCUGUUUACAACCCGGUUCCAGAACCUCAUGUUGAAAAGAUCAACGGGAGUGAGGCGCUGGCUAACAGGAGCUGCACUCUGCUGUGCUUUGUGGGAAACGCCAGUGAAGUGAACGUGUCCUGGAUGAGAGACGGGAAGCCACUGAACACAACAGAACUGGAUCCCUGGCAAGAAACAGAAUCAGAUUCCGUUGUCUUCACCUGUGUGGCCAGCAACCCUGCCAGCAACAAGAGCAUCACUGUGACACCUUCACAUUACUGCGGUAAAAGAAAAGGCAACAGAGAUGAUUCCCCAAGGAGUCACAUUUUGAUUCCUGUGAUAGUGCUCGCUGUGAUCGGAGUCGUGGCAGGCAUUUUGAUCACACCGUAUCUCAGGAGACGGAAGAAAGCUGUUGAGAAAGAAGGUUGCAAGGCUUCCAGAAACUCGGGUGAUAUCGAGUACUCGGAAAUUAUGAGCACAGCGCCUCCUACUGGCAAUGGACAGAACCACACAGAACGGUCUGAAGAUCAAACGAGAGACAAACAGAUGACCAUAUACUACGAACUCCAGCCACUGAGCUCCCAGAAUGCACCGUGCUGACGCAGGAAGGAGACGGUUACUGUUCUGCGGGAGUUUAAACCCCAUUCUCUUAAAAAAAAAAAAACAGCUGAGGUUUUCAGAUCUGUUUUCUUACCUCUUAUGAGCUCUGGCAACACAACUGUGAGUUAGGUCCAAGUUCACGGGACUCUAGUCGAAGUUCAUUCAUCAGUAUUAAAGUCCUGUAUGUGCGUGAACUCGUAUGUAAAAUGCUGGGCAGAAUAUUAGCAACGCUUGUCAUUUGCAGCGCACAUUUCUUGAAAUAUGUGCAAUAUUUAGUUUUGAAUCCUUCAAUGUGCAGCUCUGGCCAAAUGUUUAGCAGCAUCACCCUCUAUAUAGAAUGAACUCCCUCAGCUUCAUAGAGUCCAAUGAAAGCUGCUGAAUAAUGUUCCCUUGUUAACAUAUUGAAUUCCACCCCCUCUAUAUAGAAUGAACUCCCUCAGCUUCAUAAAGUCCAAUGAAAGCUGCUGAAUAAUGUUCCCUUGUUAACAUAUUGAAUUCCACCCCCUCUAUAUAGAAUGAACUCCCUCAGCUUCAUAAAGUCCAAUGAAAGCUGCUGAAUAAUGUUCCCUUGUUAACAUAUUGAAUUCCACCCCCUCUAUAUAGAAUGAACUCCCUCAGCUUCAUAGAGUCCAAUGAAAGCUGCUGAAUAAUGUUCCCUUGUUAACAUAUUGAAUUCCACCCCCUCUAUAUAGAAUGAACUCCCUCAGCUUCAUAGAGUCCAAUGAAAGCUGCUGAAUAAUGUUCCCUUGUUAACAUAUUGAAUUCCACCCCCUCUAUAUAGAAUGAACUCCCUCAGCUUCAUAGAGUCCAAUGAAAGCUGCUGAAUAAUGUUCCCUUGUUAACAUAUUGAAUUCCACCCCCUCUAUAUAGAAUGAACUCCCUCAGCUUCAUAGAGUCCAAUGAAAGCUGCUGAAUAAUGUUCCCUUGUUAACAUAUUGAAUUCCACCCCCUCUAUAUAGAAUGAACUCCCUCAGCUUCAUAAAGUCCAAUGAAAGCUGCUGAAUAAUGUUCCCUUGUUAACAUAUUGAAUUCCACCCCCUCUAUAUAGAAUGAACUCCCUCAGCUUCAUAGAGUCCAAUGAAAGCUGCUGAAUAAUGUUCCCUUGUUAACAUAUUGAAUUCCACCCCCUCUAUAUAGAAUGAACUCCCUCAGCUUCAUAGAGUCCAAUGAAAGCUGCUGAAUAAUGUUCCCUUGUUAACAUAUUGAAUUCCACCCCCUCUAUAUAGAAUGAACUCCCUCAGCUUCAUAGAGUCCAAUGAAAGCUGCUGAAUAAUGUUCCCUUGUUAACAUAUUGAAUUCCACCCCCUCUAUAUAGAAUGAACUCCCUCAGCUUCAUAGAGUCCAAUGAAAGCUGCUGAAUAAUGUUCCCUUGUUAACAUAUUGAAUUCCACCCCCUCUAUAUAGAAUGAACUCCCUCAGCUUCAUAGAGUCCAAUGAAAGCUGCUGAAUAAUGUUCCCUUGUUAACAUAUUGAAUUCCACCCCCUCUAUAUAGAAUGAACUCCCUCAGCUUCAUAGAGUCCAAUGAAAGCUGCUGAAUAAUGUUCCCUUGUUAACAUAUUGAAUUCCACCCCCUCUAUAUAGAAUGAACUCCCUCAGCUUCAUAGAGUCCAAUGAAAGCUGCUGAAUAAUGUUCCCUUGUUAACAUAUUGAAUUCCACCCCCUCUAUAUAGAAUGAACUCCCUCAGCUUCAUAAAGUCCAAUGAAAGCUGCUGAAUAAUGUUCCCUUGUUAACAUAUUGAAUUCCACCCCCUCUAUAUAGAAUGAACUCCCUCAGCUUCAUAGAGUCCAAUGAAAGCUGCUGAAUAAUGUUCCCUUGUUAACAUAUUGAAUUCCACCCCCUCUAUAUAGAAUGAACUCCCUCAGCUUCACAGGAGUCCAAUAAAAGUUGCUGAAUAAUGUUCCCUUGUUAACAUAUUGAAUUCCACCCCCUCUAUAUAGAAUGAACUCCCUCAGCUUCAUAGAGUCCAAUGAAAGCUGCUGAAUAAUGUUCCCUUGUUAACAUAUUACAAAAUGUUCAUAUAGGUUUUUUUUUUUCAACGCUGCAAUCCUAAAAUUCUAAGGGAUGCAAAAUUUUUGGGCAGAGCUGUAUAAUUGCAUACAGUAUUAGCAAUUAAAAUAUGAUUUCAUGUGCUGAGGCAAUUUAUCAAUAUUUGCCUUUUGCACUACAGCUACAAAAAAGUACCUUCGAUAACGGAGAUAAACCAGGGAGUUAACACAGAAUGCAGUGAAGUUUCCAGUACUUUCUAUCUUUGUAAUUGUUGAUGCCAAAAGCCGUGGGCUGUUUUAUUGCAAAAUGCUUUACUGUCAGUGUUUUUGUUAUAAAAACAAAUCCGACACACACCAUCUGUCUUUUUUAGUUCCCGGUUUCAAUAAGACAUAAGCAAUGAUCUCGUGUGGUUUAUGAAUAAUAAAAUGUAUGGACAUUUAUAACAAUAAAACAGACCCUGCAAAUGAAAAAUUAAAACCAACCCUGAUACAAUUAUGAAAUCUCUUAGAAGCCUGGUAUCUGCUGUCUAAAUUGCUAGUUCAGGUUUUUUACUUCAUCUUAUCCCUAUGAUUCUGUGUGACACACGCAUCCACAAUGUCUAGAAUUCACAUCCUAGCCUUGUAAUUAAUGUAUCUCACUGUAUUUAAUGUAUCUGCAUUGUUUUUUUUUACUGUUUGUAUUGAAUGUACUAUGUCCUGUAUUUCACUGUAUUUAAUGUAUUAAGCAUUGUUCCUCACUCUCUUGUAAAGCGCUUUGUGAUGGAGGUCCACUAUGAAAGGCGCUAUAUAAAAUAAAGAUUUUGAUUGAUUAAAAUAAUAUUAAAAAGUUUAAGUAUAAAA